AUUUACUUAUUUUUUUUCCUUCAUACUCCAUGGUGUCCGGGAACUUCGAAAAGAAGGAAGAAAGAACGACGCGUAAAUAAAGAGAUCUCAGAAGACACCCGAGUUUACAGGGGGAAAAAGCGACGCCGUGUUUUCACGAAUCGAAUUACGGACAGCUUCGUGGUCUCCGCUACAUGCCGAUUUUGCUAAGCCUUGAAUCUAUUCCAUAAAAUGUGUAGCGAGAUAUCGACGAAUGUGUAAUGCAAGUUGAUUGUGUGACAGGUUAUGUGAGAGCUGACUGUAAUGAUGUCGCGGCCCUGGGUAUUGGUUUGUCUGCUCCUGUUAAUUGUAUUUACAUCACAGUUUGAGUGGAAGCAACAAUACGGGAAUGAACUGGAAGCAAGUCCAAACGCUUCCCAGAAACAGCGUUAUAUAUCUGACAGGGAGGAAUCAGUGAAAGAAAAAAUUAUACUCUCUCAAGAGAAGAAUAUUCAGAAACUUAACGAGCUUGUGCGGAGUCUUCGAGAGCAAUUGGUACAGUGCAGGGGUGAAAGUGAGGUGGUCAAUGGCACAGUGACCCCUUUGACUGAACUUCUAACUGAGCUUGAGCGUCAUCCAAUCUUGGAGGAUUAGUUAUGGUUUUGGACAUGUUGAAUCAAUAUUCUAAUAUCUGUAAGUAGGAAAUCUAAUUUCCUUCGUAAGCUAUCUUGAUCCUUACAAGGUUCUAUCAACAUUGUUACAGUUGACUUGCAAUUCAUAACAUUAAUUCCACCUUCUAUGCUGUCAAUGCUUCAUGUAUCAUGAAAGUUUUUAUGCUAUAUGCUUUACUCCAUCUUUUUUA